AUGGUGAGAGAACCUUCUAUCGCUCUAAAAACUAUUAUGCCUUUUUCGGAGAAUAGGGUAAAACAAAGAAGUUCAGAUUUAGAGGACGAAGCUCCUUUAAUUCAAAAUCGUUACGACGAUUGGGCAGAGGAAACAUCAUCUCCAGUAUCUCCGAGGAGACGUCGUAAUGUAGGAACCUCAACAUCUACGACUAAUAUUUCAUCAUCUAGAUCUCCACAAGCCAAAGCACGUACAAUUUCAUUUCAUGCAUCAGGUUAUAUUGUCACGUAUUUUGGUCCAUUAUGUUUUGUGCUUCUUGUAACAAUUGGUAAAGAAGCGUAUGAUGAUUGGAAAAGGUUUAAGCGAGAUCAAGAAAAUAAUUCUCAAAAAUAUGAAAUAAUGACUCGAAAUGGGAUUAAACUAGUACCCAGUUCAAAAAUAAGAGUCGGGGACUUAAUUCUAAUUAAUAAGGAUCAAAGAGUUCCUGCAGAUUUAAUAUUGCUCCGGACAACCGAAACAAGUGGUGCUUGUUUUAUUAGGACUGAUCAGUUAGAUGGUGAAACUGAUUGGAAACUAAGGUUGGCUGUGCCAUAUUGUCAAAAGUUACCAUCAAAUGAAAGUCUUCUACAUAUUGAUGCGGAAAUAUAUGCUGAUAUUCCACAUAAAAACAUUCAUAAUUUCAUUGGAAAUUUUUCUAAAUCAACCCCAGAAAAUUUGACACCGCAUAUUGAUGCCCUUAAUGUUGAAAAUACAUUAUGGAUGAAUACAGUAUUGGCAUCAGGUACUGCUAUUGGAUUUGUGAUUUACACUGGUAAAGAGACUCGAGCUGUUAUGAAUACAAGUCAUCCAGAGACGAAAGUUGGAUUACUUGAUCAUGAAAUUAAUCGGCUUUCUAAGGUCGACAUGGGUAAAACUGUUUAUGCGUAUCAAAUCAUGAAUGAUGAUGAAAUUCCUGAUACGAUUGUACGUACCAGUACAAUACCUGAGGAACUUGGUAGAAUAGAAUAUCUUUUGUCAGAUAAGACUGGAACAUUAACUAAAAAUGAGGCACAUAUACCGAGAGCGACUCGAACUGCUGUCCCUACUUCUACUAUUAUAGUUGGAAGGAGUCGCAGAGACAUGACUUCGAGAAUAAAAGAUAUUGUACUUGCUUUGGCAUUAUGUCAUAAUGUCACUCCUGUAAUUGAUUCUGAUAAUGUGAUCACAUAUCAAGCAUCUUCACCAGAUGAAGUUGCUAUCGUGAAAUGGACAGAGUAUGUUGGUCUUACUCUUGUUUUCCGCGAUAUCAAUGAAAUGCAUCUUCGUACAAAACAUGGUGAUGUCCUCAAGUUUCAAAUUCUGCAAAUAUUCCCAUUCACUAGUGAAAGUAAGAGAAUGGGAAUUAUUGUAAAAGAUGAAACGACAGAAGAAAUAUUUUUUUAUGAGAAAGGAGCAGAUGUUGUAAUGAGUAAAAUUGUACAAUACAAUGAUUGGUUGGAUGAAGAAUGUGGAAACAUGGCCAGAGAAGGUUUAAGAACUUUGGUCGUUGCACGUAAAAAAAUAUCAGCAGAUGUAUAUAAUGAUUUCACACAUAGAUAUCACGAAGCAAAGGUGAGCCUUUCAGAUCGUAAAGUUCAAGAGCAGGCUGUUAUAAAUGCAAUUCUGGAAAACGAGCUAGAACUUUUGGGAGUAACUGGAGUUGAAGAUAAGCUUCAGGAUGGUGUAAAGACCACUUUAGAAUUAUUGAGAAACGCAGGUCUAAAAAUUUGGAUGUUGACGGGAGACAAGAUUGAAACGGCAACAUGUAUCGCUAUUUCUUCAAAAUUAAUCUCUUCAAGGAAUCAAAUUAUUCAUCAAAUAUCUAAACUCCAAAGUAUUGAAGCAGCUUUGGAUGAAUUAGCUAGUUUACAAGCCAGAAGAGAUUGCUGUUUAGUAAUUGAUGGUGAAUCACUACAGCUUUAUAUGGAUCAUUGUCAAUUUGAAUUUAUUGAACUGGCCGUAGAAUUGCCGGUCGUUGUUGCCUGUAGAUGUUCUCCUACUCAAAAGGCUGAUAUAACAAGACUCAUUAAGAAAUAUACAAAUAAAAGAAUUUGCUGCAUAGGAGAUGGCGGUAAUGACGUUAGUAUGAUUCAAGCAGCUGAUGUUGGCGUAGGAAUUGUAGGAAAGGAAGGCAAACAGGCUUCCUUGGCUGCAGAUUUCUCAGUGAUUCAGUUCAGCUAUUUAACAAAACUUUUAUUAUGGCAUGGUAGAAAUAGUUAUAAACGUUCUGCAAAAUUAGCACAAUUCGUUAUUCAUCGUGGUCUGAUAAUAUCAGUUAUACAAGCAGUAUUUUCUUCAAUAUUUUAUUUUGCUCCUAUUGCUCUUUAUCAGGGGAUGUUGAUCGUUGGAUAUUCUACAGUUUAUACAAUGGCACCGGUAUUUUCGCUCGUUUUAGAUAAAGAUGUGAGCGAGGAUAUAGCUUUACAAUUUCCAGAACUAUACAAGGAAUUGACAAAGGGUCGAUCGUUAUCUUUGAAGACUUUCUUUCAGUGGCUAAUGAUUAGUGUUUAUCAAGGUGGCGCAAUUAUGAUUAUGUCAAUUGUACUCUUUGAGGAUGAAUUUAUAAAUAUCGUUUCUAUUUCUUUUACUGCUUUAAUUCUUAAUGAAUUGUUGAUGGUUGCUUUUGAGAUCAAUACAUGGCAUAGGUUAAUGUUUUUAUCAGAAAUUCUUACAUUAGCUAUUUACAUUGUUUCCAUGAUAUUUUUACCUACUUAUUUUGAUUUACUAUUUAUUUUGACUGAAACAUUUGUUUGGAAAGUUGCUGUAAUAACAGCAGUUAGUAGUAUUCCGUUAUAUAUUAUUAAAUUUUUAAGAAGAAGAUAUGCACCACCUAGUUACUCUAAACUUACAUAA